AUGUUUUCAAAAAGUGAUAGGAUUUGUUUUCAGCCUACUUACAACCCUCCUGUUGGCCAUUACGAAAUUAACUAAUAAUAAAAUGCUAAAGGCAUUGAUUUUUCAAAAUCCUUGGCUAGAAACAUAAAUACUAGAUAAAAUGUAAGUCCUUAAAACAACGCGAACAAUUUGCCGAGAGUUUCUUUAGCAAGUCAUCAAUUAUCAGCGUAUGCCAAACCAGGUGAAAGGCUGAAGCUUGAAUAGAAAUAUAAAAAACCAGAAAGAAGGAGCUUCAGUUACUCAUAAAAUGCAGAAAUUUCAAUUAAUAAUUUCGAGAGUUUGCCCCUUAGAUAAAAAGGCAAGAGACUCAAGAUAGUCUAUCAGAAACAAAAUACAGAAUUAGAAAAUUCAAUUGAAUAAUCAGCUUAAUUGCAAAUCUAAGGAUAUUACAAUUCAAGAGCUCAAACUCCUAUGGCUGGAUUGCCCAAAAGAAGAAAACCCAAAAGUAUGAUUACUCAUUUUUACUAUUGAGCACACAGGAAUAUAUUUUCUUUAUUUCCUUCUGACAGUUUGGAGUUGGCAUAACAAA